AUGCGGUCUCUUGGUGCUCUACUUUCUUUGGUCUCUCUGGUUCUGGCUACCCCUGUUCUGCAGUUCGGCGGAGAUGUUGAACAACACGUCCUUGGCUUGCCAACGGAGUACCCCGGCUACACCCUGGAUCUGAACGAAAUGAGGCUCGUGGAACUCGAAGGCCAAUCCCCCAAGUGGGUCUCUGAGUUGGAGAAGAUACGUCUCAAGGCCAACGGAAUCAACUUCCUGGAUAUAACAGAUACCCAAGACUUGGGCACUUUCCCUAAACUCAAGUCAGCAGUCUCGUAUCCCAAACCCAACGCUACCGAGAAGGUCAGGCCUAUCCUUAAGUCACUAUCGACAGAAGGCCCGAAGGCCAACUUGGAGAAAUUUACAAGCUUCCGAACACGAUACUAUCGCAGUGACACGGGAAAGCAGAGUCAACAAUGGCUGCUGAAGACCAUAUCCGAGAUCACUGCUGAGAACGCGUCCAGCUCGCUGCGGAAGCUGAUUACUGUCAACGAAUUCCCCCAUUCAUGGGGCCAGAACAGUAUUAUCGUCCGAAUCAACGGCUCUUCAGCGACAGAAAACGGGGUUGUGGUCAUCGGCGCGCACCAAGAUAGCACCAAUAUGUGGCCGUUCCUGCCUGCACCCGGGGCCGAUGACGACGGUUCUGGGACAGUAACUAUCCUCGAAGCGUAUCGGGCGCUGAUUGCCGCAGACUUCCGACCCGUUCGCGCCGUCGAAUUCCAUUGGUAUUCUGCUGAGGAAGCAGGCCUUUUGGGAUCCCAAGCUGUUGCACAGGAAUAUGAGAGGCGCGGCGAGAAUGUCAUUGCUAUGAGUCAAUUCGACAUGACUGCCUGGGUCAAGCGCGGGACGCGUGAAGAAGUUGGAAUCAUCACUGAUUUCGUGGAUUCAGGGCUCACAGAGUUCAAUAUGCAACUCGUUGAUACCUAUCUCGACAUUCCUUACGUUGGGACCAAAUGCGGCUAUGCAUGCAGCGACCACGCCUCAUGGUCGAAAGCAGGAUACCCGUCAUCCUUCACAAUCGAGAGCGCCUUUGAGAACUCGAACAAACACAUCCAUUCGGUGAACGACCGCAUUGACAUCUCGGAUGAGUUCAGUUUCACACACAUGCUCGAGUUCUCGAAGCUGGCCGUGGCAUUCGCAGUCGAGCUGGGUGGUUGGAGCGAAACUGCCUAA